GCUACUGAGGACACGUAACCCGUGAAUGUUUUAAUUUAUUAUUAAUGUCAGAUUAUAUGUUUUUAUCUAGACUUUUUGUUAACAGAUGGAUAUCAAGAAAGAGAUCAGUGUCCUGGGGCAAUGUUACUUACAUCAAUCCAAGUAUGUUGCCAUAGUAUUGCUGGAGGAGUGCUUGGCGUUACAACAGAAAUACCCUUCAGCUAAUGCUGUCAAAGUGGCAAAUACUAUAAGGCUGUUUGUUAGCUGUUUUAUGGAACAAAACAAACUGUCUGUAGCAGAAAGAUUAUUGAGAGAUUUUGUUGAUACAAAAAAUCCUGCUCUUCCGGAAGGUCAUCCUGAUCUUGCACGUGGUAUGUGUUCGUUGUCUGAUACGAUUGUAAGACAUUUCACUCUUCAUACUGAAACAACUCUACUCAGCUCACGUUGAUUCAAUGUGUUGUCUAUAUAUUAAUAUCAUCAUUAAUUGUUUAUC